AAAUUUUCGCAACAUGGCCAGCACUAAGGCGAAGCCUGGAAGACCCGUCAUCAAGGCCGAUACGACUCUCAAAAGUCCACUGAUGUUUGUAAUUCUUUGUCCUUCAUGUAUAGAUGCGCAAGCUGAUGCAGAACAGANNCCUGAGCUGAGCAAAGACAAGAGCCAAGUCAUCCUCGGUCUGUUAAACAGUCUCUUGGAACCAAUUGGAAGGCAUCGGGCUGCGCAUACUAAGAAAUCCUCGGGUAAACAAUCCAAAAAGCGCAAGAGGACGUCUGAGAAUGAUCCAAGCCCGGCUGUUGAACAACGUCCUUCAGAGCCGGAGAUUCUGAGACAUCUGACUGUUGGUCUGAACACGACAAGUCGCCAUCUGGAAAACGAGGCUGCUUUGUCAAAACCUGGAGCACUGCCCACCGCGGACAAGGAAAUCAAAGCAGAAGAGCAAACGAUCGGCAAACAUCUGGCCGCUGUGUUUCUCCCGAAGCCAAAGGAUCACUUAGUAUAUGCGCAUCUGCCUUUGUUGUGUUAUACAUCCUCGUGCGCACACAAGGACAAGGCACAGAGCACACGUUUGGUUCUCUUGGACCCUUCAUGUGAACGUGCAAUCGCCACAGCAAUGGGCCUCCCUCGGGCUGGUGUAAUCGGAGUGUUUGGCGACGCACCAGGUGCUGCACCUCUCUUGGAGUACGUACGAGACAACGUAGUUCCCGUCGAAGUUCCAUGGUUGGAGAAAGUGCUUUCUGGUCAAUGGAUGGGCAUCAAUGUUGAAACUCAUGUAUCUGGUCAAGUC